AUGACGGACGUUUACGACAACGAGGUCUUUUUCGCAGAAUACUCUGCCAUGGAUCGGUCCAUGAAAGGCUUAGAUGGCGCGCCUGAGUGGCCACAGUACCAAGCUUUGCUCCCAGAACUCCAUGGCCUUAAUGUGCUUGACCUAGGGUGCGGAAUGGGAUGGUUCUCUCGCUGGGCUAUUGACCAAGGAGCAAAGUCGUCCCGUGGCCUCGAUAACUCUCACAAUAUGCUAGUUCGGGCCAAGGAGAUGACGAACCAUGAGGACAUCUCGUACGAGCAUGUCAACCUCGACCAGGUAUCUUUUGGGGGGGACAUGAAGAAUAAGUACGACCUUGUUCAUAGCUCUCUGGUUCUUCACUACCUGGUCAAUCUCGAUGAUCUUGUGAAGCAAGUCCAUAACGUCCUUGUCCCCGGUGGAACUUUCUCAUUCUGCAUUGAACAUCCGAUCUUCACUUCUACAUAUCAUCAAGAUUGUAUCGUUGAUGACAAGAGUGGAAAUACGUAUUGGUCGCUGAGCUAUUAUCCGAAUGAAGGGACACGGAAGAUCCACUGGCUAAAUAGUGAUGUGGAAAAGCAGCACAGAACGGUGACUACCUACAUGAAUGUUCUUUUGACGAAUGGCUUUGAGGUCACUGGGUUUGAUGAGUGGUUUGGGUCGCGGGAGAUGCUUGCAAGCUUUGGAAAGUAUGGGGUCCGGGAAUCGCCCAUGUUUCUGUUGAUGUCUGCUGUCAAGAAGUAA